AUGGCCAGCCUGGCGACCCUGCAGAUUCGGGACGUGGAGCUUCUCGCCGCCGCCGGCCAGGAGGUGGAUGCCAAAGUGCAGCUCUUCACGCCCCAGGGCCUCGUAUGCACCACCUGGGCCUUCGCGAGCCUGCGACUGGAGGCAGUCUUUCUCGACAAGGCUGUGGCGCGGCUGCAAGAGUUCCAGCUGGAGCCCAAGGGCUGCGCCAUGCUCUUGUGGUCCCUGGCCACGCUGCGGAAGGACUGCGAGUGUCUCGGCAAGCCGUGA